AUGGAGUCAGCACACCAGAUGACACUUUUCGAAAUCCUCCCAAAGGAGGAUCACCAUCUGAUAGAUGGCGCCAUGAGGCGAUACAACGACGAGCGCGGAGUCCUAGGCCCUCUAAAAGCUGCCCAGAACUUCUUUGCCGUCUUUCCUACAUUAGCUUCUCUCAAGUGGUCCGACAACGAUGUUGCCUUUGCCGAAGCUCGGCGCGAUCUGGUAAUUCAGAACGCUACCAACAAGCCUACUGCCAUCCUCCAGACACCACUUCCAAACCCUGUUCAACAGGGUACGAACCAUCGUACUACUCUUGAAGAGCCGCCAGUCCAGCCAGUAACUUCCAAGGGCAGCACCAAGUCAGCACAUGUCCAGGAGCAUCCCAUGAUAGAUCAGUCGACUUUUCCUCGUCACCAAUCCGCUACGGAGGCAUUCUCUUACCUCCCAUCCCCCUCAGUUUCGCAGCAGUUUGUUUCGACCUCGCCACAGAAGACCCCUCCGGCACACAACACCAUCGACGGAGAUGGUACUCAUUGUCAACAUGACCAAGUUGUCGCUCACAAUUCCAGCAAUCCGUCAAACCACCCGGUUCCCCAGCGAUCCAACAUUCCGCAACGUCGUCUUGGCCCAAAGGAGCAUAUGCCGAUCCAGAACUAUUUGGAUCAUUACCACGCAGGAUUUACCCCUUUUCACCCAUCUCCGUCCCAGAAGGUUACCGCCCAAAACGGCAACAAUUCUUCACAGUCGCAUGCCCUCCACACACCCUCUCCUUCCCCUGAGCCCACUGCCGCCGGCGAAGCCACACCCCUCGAGAUACCCUACCUGGGAAAGAUGUGCGAAAUCUGCGGAGACGACUUCGUGUGGAAGAAGACGGCCACACGCUGCUUCAAGUGCUUACAAAACCCUCCAAGCAACCAGAAGAUUGCGGAGAUAUUUCUGCGGGCUAUGCGCGGUAUCGACAGUUGCAGCAACUGUUACGCCAAGGUGAAGGCCAGGAAGGCUCGUCAAGCGACUGAGGCGCCGCCGACUGUAGUGGAGGCUGGUGCUCACCCGCAGACCGUGCAACAGGCGAACCAUCAGGAGCACCACUAUCAGCACCACCAGAGCGAUCCGCAGCACCAGAACUAUCCGCAGCAGCAGAGCUAUCCGCAGCACCAGAGCUAUCCGCAGCACCAGAGCUAUCCGCAGCACCAGAGCUAUCCGCAGCAGCAGAGCUAUCCGCAGCAGCACAGCGAUCCGCAACAAAAAAAGGAGGCGCCCGCCAACGGCGCCUCGAAGUGCAAUGGAGCGGACCAGGUUAUACUGGAGCCAAUCGAUUACGGCAUCAAGUGUGGGGAGUGCAAAGUGCGGUCAGUUUGGAAGCGCACCGCGACCCGGUGCUUCGACUGGCUGGAAAACUCGCCCAGCCCGGCGACACGCCAAGAGGUUAUCCGUAGGGCUUUACUCGGUAUCGGAUCUUGUAGCUCUUGCUACAAGGCCGAGGACAAUGGCGCCGACCGCCACUGUCUACUUUGCACACAGCGCCAAAGAGACAAGAACGCUCGGCGCAAGGCGCGCAAGGCUAGGGGCGAGACCUGGGCCCCGAAGGGCAGAACCAACGGACGCACCAAGACCUCGAGAUCCAAGAAAUCUUCUAAGCGCGCUAGCGGUCGAAAGGGUGACGGCCACACGCUGCUUCAAGUGCUUACAAAACCCUCCAAGCGACUAGAAGAGCGGUGGCUCAUCAACGAGGUGGAACUGCCGCUGCAUCUGGUGUGA